AGGAGGGGGGGAAAGGGAAAAGGGUUUGGGCGUUCUGGAACCAAACUAGCUCUCAUCGCCGGUUAGGCAGCGGUACCUCCUCUCUGCAAGAAGCCCUGUACAUACGUGUACGUGGUCAUUCACACUUUGGAUACACCUAUCUGUCCUAUCAGUGGAAUGAACAUAUAUAAGCGAGCCGUCUAGUUAGCUUCGUGCAAGUGAAGGCGAGUAUACAUGAACCAGGAAUCUCAGUGUACGGCGACAAAUGCUUGCCAGCAUGUCGUUCCCUGCGCCCUCUCUCGUCCAUCAUAGCCUGCCGGUGGUUGUCAUGGCCGUCCUUCUUGUCUGGGCUGCUCUAGUGCUUGUGCCCCGCUGGCGCAGGACAGAUCCAGCGACACGCAGCGUGACGCUGAAGCCGCCCUUAGCAACCGAUCUUGUCGUCUUCUCAGGACCACAAGGCCUGCCCGAGAUCACGACCGCAGCGGCGGCCACCCAACCGAUCCCCAUUCCCACUCGCAACCCCCACGCCCGCGACCGCACUCAUGCUACCAACGACACCAGACACAGUCACUCCACCACCUCGGCCGUCAGCUUCGGCUCCUCCUCGCCCCCAGACUCCACCCGAACUCAAGUCACCGACCCCGAGUCCGACCCAAACACCACCACGGGCACGGCCAUCUCGGUCUUCCCUUGGCGCUCUCCGCCCUACAGCCUCGCUCUGCUCCCACAGCACCAUCGCCUCCGCCGCCCCCGCCGCCCCCGCCGCCGACACCUCGUCCGGCGGCGUUCAGGCACUCCGGCGGCGGCAGAACACUCUGCGCCCGGAGCUGUGCUUGCCAACAAAUCCUAUAACGACGACCGCGAGGGCAACGACGCCGGCUCCGGCGACUCGGUAUUCGCCCAGAAAGGAUCGUCGUCAUCAUCAUCAUCAUCAUCAUCAUCAUCAUCGGCGGCGGCGGCGGCCGCCGCGGCGACCGUGUGGUCAGGGAGCGGAAGUGGGAGUGGAAGUCCUGACGGUGACGGUGACGGGUCGGCUGGCGGUGGCAGGGGUUCCUAUUCCGAGCAGGUGCUGCUUGUCGGGGUAGGCGGCCAGUUCUAGCCCUAGCGGGCCCUCCCGCACACUUUUUUCCCCUACCUUUGCCUCUCGCCGGAUGAAGUCGUGGUCUAUUUUGACCUGACUUGGUGGCAGCUGGAAAGCAUUUGAGCUGUGCAGCGGCGAGGAGGGGGGGUGGUGGUGGUGGUGGUGAUGUUGGCGCCGGUUGUGGUGGUCGCGGCGGCGGCGUUGAGGUAGGAGUCGGGGCUGCGGACGUUGUGGUCACCGAGAGACGAUUACCAGAGGGAAAAAGAGAGAAGAGAGAAAGGAAAAGAAAAGAAAAGAAAAGAAAAGAAAAGAAAAGAAAAGAAAAGA